CUUGGUCAACAGAGGGCGCUCUCAGCGCGCCAGUAUUGUCACACAUUUUUGUUACGUUUGUAGAAAUUCGUCAAAAGGUUCCUUUGAUUUUUGCAUCAUUAUUCGAUACGCCCAAUGUUAUUGAACCGCAUUCGCAUUCGCAUUCAACUUCUGAGUGUACAAAACCCGUCACACAUUUUGCUAUGGUACAAUACAUGGGAAACAGUUAAAUCGUCAUCAAAGGAGUCCUUUUUUGUUGUCAUCCGUCACAUUAAGUUCAAUAACAGCGUCAUAAAUCGACAACAUGAGUACUACGUCACCGAGUCAUGAAGAUGAUGUCAAGCCGGAAGAUUCGGCCAGUCAGUGCAGCCAUACGACAAGCACCUCAUCCAGCAGGAGAGCCAGAAUGGAGGCCAUGGUGAGGAGUGCUGCACUUCAAGCAGAAGUUGAAGCUCUUAAAGAACAACAAGAGCUUGAGCUACAGGAAUUGAGGCUCCACCAAAGGAGAACUGAGCUUCAAAUGAAAACCAAGCUCAGCUGUGCAGAAGCGGAGGCAAAAGUUUAUGCCCAGUUCGAUGACGAGAAAACAACCCCAGUUUCUCCAUCUCAGUCAACACCAUCUCCCCCUGAUGAAGACUCCCCAUCGCAGCCCGAUCCAUCACCGCAUGAUGAUGAUACAAGCGGUGACACAGUCCCAUACCCCAUUGAAGAUCAUCAAUCGUCAACGCCGCAAGAAACGCCACCCCCUACCGAAGCCAUCAAUGAGAUGUUGCGACAAUCAAAGCAACAGCAGCAGAGCCUCAUUGAGACAUUGCAGUUACCGAAAGCAGAGCUGAUGUGCUACGAAGGAGAUCCCCUCAAGUUUUGGGAAUUUUGGAGAGCUUUCGAGGUGAAUGUAGACAGCACGACAAUAAGCAACGCUGCCAAGCUGACAAGACUUCUUCAUUACUGCAAGGGGGAAGCACGCAGAGUGAUUCAAGCAUGCUCUGUGAUGGAGUCGACACAAGGUUAUGCUCGAGCCAAAACCUUGUUGAAGGAGAGAUUUGGAAACAAAUAUAAAGUUGCUGAUGCAUGGAUGAAGAAAGUCACCCGAGGCCAAACAGUGUCACCCCAUGAUGGAAAAGCCAUCAGAGAAAUGGCAGAUGAGCUGAAAGUCUGCUACGAAACCCUCCAGGCUAUGGGCUACGAAAAUGAGAUGGCACACCAGAGUUUUCUGAGAGACAUUGUUGAGCGCUUGCCCAACUACUUGCGCUAUCGAUGGGUCCGAAAGGUCAGAGACCUCGAAAGGAAGGAAGAUCGAAUGCCGAAGGUGAAGGAUCUUGUGGCCUACAUAGAUGAUGUAGCAGAAGAGGAGAAUAACCCUGUGUAUGGUACAUCUACUUGGGAGAGAAGCCGUGAUGUUCCUCAGAAAAGACGCACACAGCCAAGACAGAGAGGGUCCUUUGCAGUGGCAUCUGUACCAGAGAGAGUAGUCACCAGAGAGUGUUCUCUAUGCAAGGGAGAACACACCCUAUUUGGUUGCCAGCAGUUCAAGGCAAAGUCACCACAAGACAGGCUGAGUUAUGCCAAGCAAGAGAGAUUGUGCUUCAACUGUCUGCGCAGAGGUCACAUGACAUCAGCGUGCAGGCUGAACAGGACAUGUACUGUUUCUGGUUGUGGAAGGAAACAUACAAAAUUCCUUCACAUCCCGCAGACAAUGCAGCAGCAUGAAGAAGCAGCGUCCCAAGCCAACACAUCACUAGAUGCCCCGGUACAGAAUGGCUACAUUGAUUCAGCCGCUGAAGCAAGUUGCAGUAACGUCACAGGGGCCGGCAGGACCGUGCUGCCCAUUGUCCCUGUUCGAGUGAAAGCUGCCGGCGGCAGUGUCUUCAUCCGCACCCAUGCAUUGUUGGACACUGGUUCGACAAAUACAUUCUGUACAGAACACUUGGCACGACAGCUUGGAGUUGAAGGGGCCAAAUAA